ACAGAAACCGCUCCGUAUCUGAAAACGGCAUCAAAUUUCCAGCGACCCUGCCUGUUUGUCAACAAUGAAGAAUGCUUGGUCAGCUCUCCGCGGGGCGGUUCAAGAGUUCAACGCGGUUCUUCUCUCGGAGGACGAAGAGGAAGAAGAUGAAGAAGAGGGACAAGAGGAGUUGCUAGGAGAAGGCAGCGACGGUGACGUGCAUGCGGACAAUUCUUCAGAGCAUCGCGGUGUGUCGUCUCGCCAAGAGGACCCUAUUAAGACGCUGGAGACCCGUCUGCAUCAGGAGGAACAACGGCGUCUCUUUCUGGAACGCCGUCUUCAGCAGGCGGAGAAGGAGACCGCAGAGCACACCCAGUUGAUUGUGGACUUGCGGAACCAGUGCCGCCUUCUCCGGGCGCCCCGUGGUGUCCCUUCGGCCCUCUCCUUGCCUCGGGACGACCCCACACCGACGCAUACAUCUCCAGAAACCAAUCUUUUUUCUGAGCCUUCUUCGGUCGCAGGGGGCUCGCUGGUUGCUGUCAGUGACUUGCGAGUCCCAAUCAGCAAAUUGUUCCACGCGUUCUGUGCUCCAGACAGCGCCACCGGGCUUCCCCCGACAUUCAACGGAGUUCCACGAGCCUCGAAGAGCUUCUUUUCAGACAAAAGUUCUCGGCAUGCGGAGAACAGAAGUGCAAGUAGCGUUUCUUUGUCCUGUCUGAAUGGGUUGGGAGCAGGCGACGGCAACUCUGGCUCGGAGCCAGACGGAGACACUUCCGGGACUCCGUUGAGAGAUAGAGAGGGCAGUGAAGAAGAUGAAAAAGGCCGAGAGGGUCAGGAGGCUCUCAUGCAACUCGACGCAGCGUGUUGCUAUAUUGAGAGAGCAAGUGGAAGAGCCGAAUGGCUUAUUGAUGAGUGGAAGACAAUCACAGCGUCGCGGUCGUUCCAGCGAGCCGUCUCUGCAAGUUGGGGUCCGCGUCUGCCUCCGAGCCAGCUGGAGUGGCUGGAAAGUGAAUCGAAUCCGUCUCGCCUGCCCACACCUCCGGAGCAUGCGUCACCGAUUCUUGAGUGGUUGACAGUCUCGGCUCGGCUCCUCGAGUGUCUUCACUGUCUGUCUGUCGAAGCCGAUUCGUCAUUUGCUCCGACUCCGACGACUGGCGAAGAGGCAAGGGUGCUUGAUCGAGAAAAAGGACAGAGAAGACUCUUUCUGUCUCGACAGUCUUCCACCACUAGAAACCCCGCGGAGGCAACGAGUUCUGUCGUCCCUGAGGAUCUGUUGACUCAUAACUCCUCAGCCGGAGAAAACGAAGGUUCCUUGCACGGUGACGGCGUGGCUGAGAAGCAACUGCAAGACGAGGUGCGUCUUCGACAGCUACUCCAGCACCGGGUUUCUUUGCAGGAGCGACGGAUCCAUGAGCUCGAGGAAGAGCUGCAAAGUGUCAGACAAGCGUUCGAGCACCAAGUGAACCAAACAACGGAGGCCGCCAAGAAGGCUGAAGACCAAGAGGCAGAACGCCAGGCGCAGCUCCAGCAGCACAUGAACGAAGCUCUCCGUUCCAUCAGGCAGCAGUACGAUGCGUUGCUCCAGCAGUAUGAGCGACUCCAAACGGCCAAUCGCAAGGAGGCACAGAGUGACGAAGCAGAGAGGCCAGGUGACCCUGUGGCUGCUCGCGUUCGGCAACUCGAAUGCGAAAAUCAGGACCUUCUUCUCCAGGUCAAGGCUUGGCAACGAGCUCAUGCGGACGUGUCACAGUCCUUGCAAGUCGCUUCAGCAGAACUCUCCGAGCAUCGGUCAUACGCAAUGAAGGUCGAGACUUUGGAAAAGGAACUGGCUUUGUCUAAAGGCGAACUCGCACGACUGAGCAAUCUUCAAAGCGUUCAAAAUCAGUCAGAGCUGGAGUUGAUCCAGUCUCUUGCUGAUCGCGAUGCCAUUGAGGCCGAGUUGAACGAAGCGCGUCGGAUGGUUGAAAGUCUUAACAAGGUCAUGGAGCACAUGCAGGAGGAGAGUGACGCAAUGGUGCAGCGGCUAAAAGGAGAAAAGGAACAAACUGAAACAGAAGUGCGACAGCUGCGGAGGAAGCUGGAAGAAAAUGCAGGGGCGGUGACUAACCUUUCGGGAACCCGCGAGGAACUGGCGGAGGCCCAGACUAAGGUGACUGCUUUGGAAGAGGCCCUGGACAAGUUCCAGUCGGAGAACGCAAAGCUCAAAGGCGAGAUUGAAUCUGUACUGGAACGGCAACAGAAGGAGGAAGACGAACGAGAACAUUACGUAGAUCGACGACUGAUAUCUGAAAUGAUAUCUAAGCACCAAGCUCUGGAAGGCCAAAUUCGGCGACGAGAUGAAGUCUUCUUGUUGAUAUGCGACGUGCUCCAGUUAUCGGAAGAGGACAGAGCGAAGAUCGGCAUCCGCGCCAGGAAAGGAGCCCAAGAGGACCAGGAACAGGGCAAAAGGCUAUCGGAGAGAUUCAUUGAAUUUCUUAACGAAGAAACCAAGUGACAUGUCCACUACCAGGGUGAAGCUUCUCAAGCUAUUUUCCGAUUGCAUAGGCAAGGCUGUCUGUUGUGGAAGAAAAACUGAUCUGCAAACAGACCUCCCCAUGGCAUUAAUACCCACACCCAUAUCGACGAAUCAUCUGGGAAACAUGUAUAGUAGGAAAACGCACACACACUUCCCCUCAAAGGGACGUCAUCAAGCAGAACGACGACAGGAAAACAGGGUUCGUUGGUUUAAUGCACGUGAGCGUGCCUGCUGGUUGUUUUGACAGCAUUCUUGCUGUGUUUCUUAUUCGCUUUGUAAGGGGUCGACCGGCCAGUCCGCUGGAGAAAACCCAAGUACAUUGCUCCAGGUUGGGUAAACAUGGCGCGUGCCCAGCGGCAUGCAGGGCAAAGAAAAUCAAGUUGCUCGCACGAUGGGGGUGUUUGAGAUCCUUUCCGUGGAGGUGCAUGCACGUACGUGUCAGCAGCGUAUGGAUUCCAGCCGAUCUCCUGGCGAGGCACACCAAAUGGGAAAGGCGCAAGCAGAUCGCAUAUCACUGACUCACGUGAAAAGAAGCUGUAGCUUCUCUGCGGACGGGCUGCAAGUCCACUUCGCACGACGAAGUGGCAUGAUCAGCGUGUUUUCCCCGUAGAGGGGAUGGGCCGUGCACGCAAGUGCGAGAAACGCCAAAGAGUCGCGUUUCCUUGCGUGACUGUGCAAGUCCGCUGAGGCAUCCCUCGUCGGCCCCUCUGCUUUGGGGGAGCAUACCCAAAUAGGUCUUCAGUUUUGGCCAUUCAAAAUCAUGGAAGUCAAUUAAAGACGUACGUUGCGUCUUCAAGCGCUUUCUUGAGCUGUCUUAUACGAGAGGACAUUCGUAGGGCCACUUUUGAAACAGUGUGAAGUUCCUCUAUCAGGACACGGAACUUGUCGAAGACGUUCGCGACGGAAUGUGCGAUGGCUUACGCUUCAGAAUACGAACCUAGUAUUCGGUCAUGUGAAAUCGCUAGUAGAACGUGUUGCUGUCUGCUUACUUCCUCCCGGUCCAUUUUUUUCUCCGUGAUCCAACCCGGUUGAUUCAAUUGGCUAAAACUAAUUAGAGGAUGACUCGCGAGUUACACUACUUGUACAAUCCUUUUGUGGAG